AUGAAGGAGAAGUCCAAGAAUGCGGCCAAGACCAGGAGGGAGAAGGAAAAUGGCGAGUUUUAUGAGCUGGCUAAGCUGCUCCCGCUGCCGUCGGCCAUCACCUCGCAGCUGGACAAGGCGUCUAUCAUCCGACUCACCACCAGCUACUUGAAGAUGCGGGCCGUCUUCCCCGAAGGUUUAGGAGACGCGUGGGGACAGCCAAGCCGCGCGGGGCCCCUGGACAGCGUCGCCAAGGAGCUGGGAUCGCACUUGCUUCAGACUUUGGAUGGAUUUGUUUUCGUGGUAGCAUCUGAUGGCAAAAUCAUGUAUAUAUCGGAAACAGCUUCUGUGCAUUUGGGCUUGUCACAGGUGGAGCUCACCGGCAACAGUAUUUAUGAGUACAUCCACCCUUCCGACCACGACGAGAUGACGGCAGUGCUUGCGGCCCACCAGCCCCUUCACCAUCACCUGCUCCAAGAGUAUGAGAUAGAGAGGUCAUUCUUUCUGCGGAUGAAGUGUGUCUUGGCGAAAAGAAACGCGGGCCUGACAUGCAGUGGAUACAAGGUCAUCCACUGCAGCGGCUACUUGAAGAUCAGGCAGUAUAUGCUGGACAUGUCCCUGUAUGACUCGUGCUACCAGAUCGUGGGGCUGGUGGCCGUGGGCCAGUCGCUGCCGCCCAGUGCCAUCACAGAGAUCAAGCUGCAUAGUAACAUGUUCAUGUUCAGGGCCAGCCUCGACCUGAAGCUGAUCUUCCUGGAUUCCAGGGUGACCGAGCUGACUGGGUAUGAGCCGCAGGACCUGAUCGAGAAGACCCUCUACCAUCACGUGCACGGCUGUGACGUCUUCCACCUCCGCUAUGCACACCACCUCCUGCUGGUGAAGGGCCAGGUCACCACCAAGUACUACCGGCUGCUGUCCAAGCUGGGCGGCUGGGUGUGGGUGCAGAGCUACGCCACCGUCGUGCACAACAGCCGCUCGUCCCGGCCACACUGCAUCGUGAGUGUCAAUUAUGUCCUCACGGAUGUCGAAUACAAGGAACUGCAGUUAUCCCUGGACCAGGUGUCUACGUCCAAGUGCCAGGACUCCUGGAGGACUACCUUGUCUACCUCACAAGAAACUAGGAAAUUAGCUAAACCCAAAAAUACAAAGAUGAAGACAAAGCUGAGAACAAACCCUUACCCCCUACAGCAAUACAGCUCGUUCCAAAUGGACAAACUGGAAUGCAGCCAGCUGGGAAACUGGAGAGCCAGCCCCCCGGCGAACGCCCCGGCACCCCCAGAACAGCAGCUCCAUUCAGAAAGCAGUGACCUUUUGUACGCCCCGUCUUACAGCCUGCCCUUCUCCUACCAUUAUGGACACUUCCCUCUGGACUCUCACGUCUUCAGCAGCAAAAAGCCAAUGUUGCCGGCCAAAUUCGGGCAGCCCCAAGGAUCCCCGUGUGAGGUGGCACGCUUUUUCCUGAGCACCCUGCCAGCCAGUGGUGAAUGCCAGUGGCAUUACGCCAACCCCCUAGUGCCUAGCAGCCCGUCUCCAGCUAAAAACCUUUCCGAGCCGCCGGUGAACACUGCUCGGCAGAGCCUCGUGCCAAACUACGAAGCGCCCGCCGCCGCGCGCAGGUUCGGCGAGGACACCGCGCCGCCGCCGCCGCCGCCGCCGCCGCCGCCGAGCUUCCCGAGCUGCGGCCAUUACCGCGAGGAGCCCGCGCUGGGCCCGGCCAAGGCCGCCCGCCAGGCCGCCCGGGACGGGGCGCGGCUGGCGCUGGCCCGCGCGGCGCCCGAGUGCUGCGCGCCGCCGGCCCCCGAGCCCCCGGGCGCGCCUGCGCAGCUGCCCUUCCCCGAGGCGGCGGCCGGCGCGCUGCGGCCCCGGGCCCCCGGCCCCGCCGCCGCCUCGCCGCCCGGCGCGCCGCUGCCGCACUACCUGGGCGCCUCGGUCAUCAUCACCAACGGCAGGUGA